GUGGCUUCCUCAGGGAGUAAUCAAAGUGCAGUGUCCUUGCCCCGGACACCUAAGACACUCAUGACAAGAGCCCGGGGCUCCCACAUCCCAAGCCUCACUUAGUGUCGUGCACUCGCCCCGUGCAUGAAAGCGCUCCAGAAGGCACUGCUUGUUUUUCUGCCGUUUGUUCCAGAUAAAUCCAGCUGGUAGAGGAGCGCAGCGCCGUGAUUUAUUUGAGAACUCCCUCGUACCGCCUGAAGGUCUCGCCGCCGGGGGAGGAGGGAGAGCGGGAGGCUGCGCUCCUAGGCGGCUGCUUCGGCGGCGCAGCACCCGCCCGCGCCCCAGCCCGGCACCCAGGUACAGAACGAGGAGGUAAAAGGGGAUUUCCUUGGCUUCCUCCCGUGCAAAUACCUCCCGGGGAGCGGCGGCUGCCCGACUCCCCUUCGCGGCCGCUGGGAGGCUCCGCGCCUCGCUCCGGCCUCCCCGGCCGCGCUAUCGCGGACACCCGCCUCCCGCCCCCGCAGCGCCCCGCUCCGCUCCGCUCCGCACCGCACGGAGCAGCAACGGGCAGCUCGAACACCCGGCGGCGGCAGCGUCCGGCAGAGGCAGCGGCGAUAACCUACCGGCAACCACCCAGCCCGGCGGGUCGGGAAUGGAAUAUACAAAACCCACAAAGGAUAAGUGGCUGGACUGUUCUGGGUGCAAAAUGCUGGAAGUUUGUAAGUGCAACUCUUCGUUUGUAAUUACUGUCUGAAGAGGGGCUGGCUUUUUUUUUUUUUUCCUUCCCUCAAUUUCCCGUGCUUUUCUUGAAACUGUGCUUGAAACUAUUCGAUAUCGAUAUAAGGGAAAGUAUGCGAGAGGAGUUCUUUGCUUGGGUUCGUAAAUUGCUGGUUUAUUACUAAGGGGGGAAAUAAGCGCUGAAAGCAGUACGGAUUCUAUCCAGUGGCUGGAUUAACUGAAGGCGAAAGCGUGGUCUGCAAGUUCACUGACUGACAUUGUUCCGGACCGGGGGAUUCGUCUUAUUUUUAGAGGAACUACAGUUUAGCGGCAGACAGUUGGACACAGUAAUAAACCGAAGAGUGGCCAGCAAAGAGCGGGCAAGAGAAACGAGAAGCACAAAGACUAAACUAAUCCGAGCCGCCUCCUCCUUCCCCUGAUCUUUAUUUGCACAUUUACUAAAGACUUUAAAACAACAACAACAACAACAAACAAGCUCAACCCCCAAACCCCACUCUGCCAAAUUAUACGAGAUUUUUUUGUCCGCCGGGGGGUUUCUUCGUGUCACCGAGCACGACAAUGCCUUAAAUUUCUACUUCAAGGAAUAACUCGCCCCGCUCCCUGGAAAUAAAAUAAAAUCAAUAAACCUGCCAAGUCUCACUCAUUCCCGAGGGAGAUCUCCUUCAUCCAGGGAUUAAUUUUGGAGGCAGCGGCUCGACGACUUUUUUUCCUUCUCCCCCGGCGGAGCCCACCCCUCCUUCCUGGGCGCCCUUUCCUCCCCACAGAGCCCCUGGGCGGGGGCUGCCCGGCCCGGACCCCCGCCUCCCGCCCGGCCGAUGCUGGCACAGCCCUAGCAGCCGCCGGACGCUCCGCGCUCCCCCCACCUCCACUCCACCCCCGAUCUGUCAACCCCCCGCAGGGCCGUCACCGCCCGGGGGCCGGGUAGGGGUGGGCUAGGGGCGCGAGGCUGACUGCCCUCCGCCCCGCCGCCAGCCCCCGGGCUCGGGCUCCCGCCGCCGCUGCCCCCGCCUUCCACCCCCCCACCCCCCGCCUCCUCCAUGCGGCAGUGAGGACCGACCCAUCCGGAGGGCCAGGAGCGGCAAACAGCGAUGGGCGACACGGCUCCCCCCCAGGCCGCGGGGCUGGGGGCCGGGCUGCUGGGGGGGGGCCCGGCGGCGCCCCGGGUGCACAGCGCCAUCGUGGAGCGGCUGCGGGCCCGCAUCGCCGUCUGCCGCCAGCACCACCUCAGCUGCGAGGGGCGCUACGAGCGGGGUCGCGCCGAGAGCUCCGACCGCGAGCGGGAGAGCACCUUGCAGCUGCUCCACCUCGUGCAGCAGGGGCAAGGAGCCCGCAAGACCGGCAAACACCCCAAGGCGGCUGCUGCCGGCGGCUCGGCCACCCCCGCCGCCGCCGCGCCCCCGGACUACCACCAGCACCUCCUCAGCAACGGCGGCAUCAACGGGGAGCAGCCGGCGGGGGAGCAGCGCGCCUCGGCCCUCCUGGCGCUCCAGGGCUCCUUGAAGAGAAAGUUGGUGGUAAAUCUGUCGCCUGUCAACAACAAGAGACCAAAUGGUAUUUCUGAAAGCUCUUUCCUUGACAUUAAGAGAAUAAGAGUUGGUGAUAUCUCAGUGGGACAAAGUGGACAACAUGUUAACAAUUGCCAAAGCCAGUCAAUGUCAGGAACUAUGUCUGUGGGGCAAGGACCACAAAGAAAGGCAAGCAACUUAGCAAACAAUACACAUGCUAGUGGAAAUGGCAUGUUUAAUAUGACUUUGAAAGAGGUAAAGAAAGAACCAGGAGAAACAAUGUCCUGCAGCAAACACUUAGAUGGCCAGACAACCCAUGAGAACAUGUUCCCUAACAGAUAUGGGGAAGAUUCAUGGGAACAAAUGAUGGAUCUGGAGCUCCAGGAACUGUUUAAUGAACUCACUAAUAUAUCAGUGCCGCCAAUGAGUGAUCUUGAGCUAGAGAAUAUGAUAAAUGCCACAAUAAAACAAGAUGAGCCAUUCAACAUUGACCUUGGGCAGCAGAGCCAGAGGGGUCCUGUGAGAUCUCUGCAGAUGGAUAAGAUGGUGAUAAAAAGUGAAUAUACACCAAGCAUGAAUCAGGCUCCUGUGGGCUCCCCACAGAUGAGGCCUUCUUCUACAGGCCCAGCCUUCACUAUGGCCACCACUGCCAUGUCCACCUCUUCACCCAUCCCUUCUGUGCCUCAGAGUCAAACACAGGUAUCACAAGUUUCUUCUGCGUCCAGUCGGCCAUUGCCUAACUGGCAAGAGGUGUCUCAUGCACAGCAGCUCAAACAGAUUGCAGCCAACCGGCAGCAACAUGCCUUGAUUCAGCAGCAACAACAGCAGCAGAACCAGACAGCCAACUGGACCACUCUGUCCCCAUCAGGACCUUCCCCUGGACCCUUUGUGCAAGAGAAAAUCCCUAGUCCUUCUUUUCGCCAGCAGCAAUUCAGCCCGCAGAGCUCAGCAAUGCUUGGGGUACCGGUGAACGGAAACCAGUCAAAAGGGAUGAACAACUAUGUUUAUAAAGCAACCACUCCCCAGAGCAAUCCCAUGGACAUAAUCAUGCAACAGAAGCCUCAGGACCUCAACAGAAACUUUAUCAACAGUGCUCAGCCACCACUAGAGCAGCAUCACAACAACACAAAGCCUUUGUUUCACUUCAACUCAGAGCAAACAAACCAGCAGAUGCCUUCAGGUUUGGGUUCCCAAAACAAGCCUGCCCUUCUGCACUACACUCAGCAGGCACAGGGUUCGGCUCCCGUGCAACAGCCACAGCAACAGCAGCAACAACAGCCACAGCCGCAGCCUGCUCAGCCUCUCCCAAACCAAUCUCUGCAAAGGCCACCUAGUAUACCCCUAGCAAUGCAGCAAAAAAUGUUGCUUCAGAAAAUGCAGCAAAGCCAGCAAAUCUCAGGUUUGCAGUAUCCUGUCUCCCAGCAGCAGCACAGACAGGAUCAACACUCUGUGGUAGGCCAGGGAGCUGGCCCUGCUCCAAACUCCAGUUCUUGCUCAAAUCCAAACACUGGAAGUGGUUACAUGAACUCAUCCCAGCAAUCAAUGUUGAAUCAGCAACUGAUGGAAAAGAAACAGGCUCUGCAGCGGCAAAUGAUGGAGCAAAAACAACUCCUUCUACAGCAGCAGAUGUUGGUGGAAGCUGAGAAAAUAACUCCACAAGAUCAACUGAACAGGCACUUGACAAGACCACCACCAGAUUACAAAGACCAAAGAAGGAACGUGGUCAACAUGCAACAAGCGAACCAAUAUCCUGGUAGUUCACCAGCUGUGAGUAUUAGCUCCAGCAACAUGUCCUUAUCCAACCCUAUUUCAACUCACAGUAUCAUGCCCCAGAGCUCCAGCCUCAUGUCCACCUCUGCUGGAACCCGAAUGCCUUCUACUCCUGCCACUAGGAAUUUGGGCUGUUAUGGGAACCUUCCCUGCAGCCAACCAAAUGCAUACAAUGUAACUUCAGGAAUGAACCAAAUGCAGCCACACAGAAACCAAAAUCAAGUCCUGCCCAGUCAGAACAACCCCAUGAUGUCUCGACAGCAAACCAUGCCACAAGGAAACAAUGCAGCGGCUUUUGGGACGGGAUCAGUGGUCACCUCGCAGCAAGUAAGGCCAGGCUUGAACCACGGAGCCACAGGUGUCCCUUCACAAAGGCCGGCCAACGUGAUGAUCACAGCCGCUGCCACAGCUCAGAACUGGGCCCCACAAGAAGCUGCAGUGAAGCAGCAGGACACUCUGAAAGCGGCAGGGGUCCGUUUCCCCACUGGCACUCCGUAUCCUAACCAGUCUUUGCAACGCAGUGUGGGCAACCAGCAUUUUCCUCAGCGUGCAGUGGCACCUCCUAAUCAGUUAACAGCAGGAGUCCAAAUGAGGCCUCCUCUAAACCAGAUGAACCAGACUCUAAAUGGACAAUCUGCUGGCUCACUACGAGGUCUCAGCAUAAGACCUAACCAGCUCAGAGGACAGACUGUGCCUACCGUGAAUCAGCCAGGAACAAGUAUGACACCUCCAUCAUCUCUGCCAUCAACCAGUUUCACAUCUACCAACCAAAACUCUCGAGUUUACCAAGGAAGUGACCAUGGUAAUGACCUAGCAUUUGACUUUCUGAACCAGCAAGGUGACAGUAUAGGACCUGCGCUCAACACUGACUCAGACUUUAUAGAUUCUUUACUGAAAACAGAACCUGGUAAUGAUGACUGGAUGAAAGACAUCAACCUUGAUGAAAUUUUGGGGAACCACUCAUAAGUGACAGUGAACCAGAUGAAGAAGCAGUAAGGACAUUAGCUUUCUCUUUAGAUGCCAGCAACCUGCUUUUGAUACACUCCAAGUAAGUGGGCUGUCCUUUGAAAUACCAUGUAGGGUGACUGCCCUGUUUGAAGAGCUGCUCUAGGGCCAAAACUGAAGUCUCCCCUUAUGAAAUGAUAGGAUAAGCAAUAUUCAUGCCAGCCACAAAGAAGUGAGAACGAGUGAAGGGUCUGUUCCCCACACCAGUGGGCAAUGCAUUGCAAACCUACCAGUUCUUCUCACAAGGGCUGUGAGGAAAAGCCUGCUUAGCUUCCCCCACACACCAGCACCGGACUGUGGUAUAGGUUGUGGAACAUAACUUCUCUGAGUGCAAAUAAGAGCCCAGGUGAUUCAGAGCUCUUCAGUCAUCAUGUUUGCAGUCCUUAACUUCCUCGGGACUACUCAGCCCUGACAGCAUCAGGCACUGUGUAAAUCUCAUUGCAUUACAAAAACUGUUUACUUCUAAACAGUACAAAGCUCACAUUUGCUUUCCCAAUUAUUCUGUUUUAAAUCCUUCAUGUUUCAUAGCACACAAAGGGUAAGCAAUCUCCUCAAAGGGAAGAAAGAAACAUAUCAAGUUGCUCAGUGUGUUCUAGAAUUCACAUUCUCCCUGUCAGCAGUGUUUGCAGUGAGUAUCACAGGACACUACUGUCCUACCAGCAGCACAAUCAUUUUGGGCAUUGAGGGAAACAGGAGAUGAGCUACACCAAAGCUCAGGAUCCUCAUCUUGCCACCUUGCCCUGCCCCAGGGACUCCAGUGACUUAAUGGACAACUUAAGUGAGAAGGGUGCUUACAAUUUGACCUUCAUCAACUACUUUCCCAGUCCAGCCUAGAGAAGGUCAAAUGCAUGAAGUGGCUCAGCUAAGUCACUGUCCUCAUUUUCACCUUAACCCACAGUGAGUGUUGGGUAGUUGAACCCAGUCCUCUUUACGCCAGCAGAAAUGCCAACAUCACAGAAUCAUAGAAUCAUAGAAUAAACCAGGCUGGAAGAGACCUCGAAGAUCAUCCAGUCCAACCUAUCCCCCUGCCCUAUCCAAUCAACUAGACCAUGGCACUAAGUGCCUCAUCCAGUCUUUUCUUGAAGACCUCCAGGGACGGUGCCUCCACCACCUCCCAACAUCAUUGUUUGAGAAGAGGCUACCAUUUGGAUUGCAUAGCAUUUUGGCUCCAUCCUGCUUUCCUUUGCCAUAUGGCAGAAGUUGACAGAAGGCCAGGGAUGGUCCAGAUCCCCAAAGCCUCCAGGCACAGUGCAAGAGGCUCUUCCCCUGAAACUAGUAUGCAGAUCAGUUAUAACCACAGUAGGAAGCUCCACCCAUAUAUGUGCUUGUAAAUAAAAUAGUUUUGGGGAAUAUUUCUGUGCAAUGCAUACAAUAUUCAUUCUGGCCUUGGAGAUAGCCCAGCUAACACUGUCCUGUGCAAUCUCUGUGCAUCACUAGGGAAUUAACCUCUGGCAAGCACUAUUCCCAUAGUUUGCAGCCACCCUGCCUUGGAGACUAAUAGACCAAAGCCAUAAGGAUACAAGUCGUUCCACACUGCAUGACCUUGGUGCUUGGGAAUAGUCUUUACCAUGUUAAAUUUUCUUCUACAGACUGGGUCUGGGAGAGCAUCAGAAG